AAGGGAAGAGGCCUGGGGCUGGGGGUCGGGGAGGAGAAGGAGGAGGAGCAGCAGCAGGAGAGGGCGGAGAUUCAUGAGCGCACGAUCGGUAGGGACGUGCGAGACAUGGCAGCCCCGAGGCUCGGCGACAGAGUCGCGCUUCGCGUCACGGAGGGCAUUGGAGGCCGGAGAGUGGGAGGAGUCGGAGUAGUGGUGGUCGUCGUCAGUGUCUGGCCUGUUGCGCUGCUCGCAUUGCUUGCGUGCGUAGGUUAGGAUGCGUAGGGAAUGAGUGCGGUCGUGGAGGUGUACCUUUCUGUGAUGACUUCUUGCAGGCCCAGCGACGAAGCAGAGGCAGCAGCAGAAGCAGAAGAAGAAGCGGCCCCGGCGAUCGCAGAUUGCAGAUUGAAUCCGCGAUUUGUUUACUAGUCUGGACCCUCUCCCUCUCGCUCUCCCUCUUCUCCAUUCUGCCGCGCGGGGCUCAACCGCUCGCUCUGCUGCUGCCGCUGCAGGUCGUAGCCUCCGAUUCCCCAGCCCGAGGCCGAAGUGGUGAGGUGCGAGGGAAGGGAAAUCCAGGCGGACAGGUCUUGUCGAAGAGGAGAGGAGACGAGGAAGUGGAGAAGGAGGCUUGAUCCGUGCAGAUCGUGGGGAGUGGAUGACUCUGCUCGCACUGGGAUUUGAAUGCAGGGAUCUAUGAAGGAUCGGGAAGGACAUUUGUGAUUUUGUUGUGGUGUCAGCCCAGAACUCUAGUUUAAUUGCUCCAGUUUUGGGGUAGAGGAGGCCACGAAGGACACAAUGGAUUUGUUUCUACAGAAAGCGAAAGUAUUUGCUUUAGAUGCAGCCAAGAAGUCUCAAGAGUUAGCCAACCAAGCGGCCAAAAUGUCGCAGGAGCUGGCCACGGAGACAGCCAAGAGAUCUAAGGAGAUCGCAAUUGAUGUCACGAAAAAGGCCGAUCAAUUGAAGGCGUAUGCUGGAGAGCUUACGCCCGUCAUUGCCUCUAAAGCUGCUGCGGCUGCUGGUACUGGAACUCCCACUCCUGUUAAGCCCUCGGAGGAUGAGCUUCUAGAGUUCGGUAUAACGCCAGAGCUUAGAGAAUUCGUCCAAGGGUUGACCAUCAAAACUUUCAGAGACUUUCCCCUUGAAAGUACCGAAGCAGCUGCCAAGGAACCCGAACCCGAGCAGAAAUCGGACCAGAUCACAAGACAAGACCUGUCGGACUGGCAAGAGCGACACGCCCUUUUGGUGCUCCUAGCUGUCCAGGAAAUGUCCGACUUCCGUUAUGUCUUGUGUCCUCGGCGGAUGAAGGAGUCUCGAUUCUGGAAAAUAUAUUUCACGUUGGUCAACACCUACGUAGCUCCGUACGAAGCUCGAGCCAAAGAGAAGGCUGCCGCUCUGGCGAAGGAGAAAGCAGAAAGUGCACGACUAGCGGAAGAAACGAAUGUAUCUGGAGAGCAGGCUGCCAGAGAUUUGAAGGCAUCGACAGCAACUACAUCUCAAGAGGGAAAGGUUGAGACGACUGCUGCACUUAAAUCCAAGAACCCAGAUCAUGAUCUGGAUGCGUUAUUGAUGGGAGUAGAUAGUGAAGAUGACGGAGACGAUGACGAUGGUUUUGAUGCUGAUUUUGAUAAGCUUGUGAAUAGUACUGCUGACAGCGACGAUGAUUCAUCACACACCGAUGAGGAGAGCAAAAAGUCAAAACAAUCUUCCCGCCCUUCAACCACCAAAACUGGGGUUGCAGUAAGCGAAGGAUCGUCUGAUGGCGAGCUCGUGGAGAUUCCAGACACGGAGUCUGAGCAAGCACCACAAAAGUCUAAAUAAUAAGGCUGGAGCCUUCUUCAAAUUAUAGUUCCACAACAGGAACUUGUAUAAAAGUAGCUCUAUCUAGUCAUCCACAGAUUUGUUAGUUCUUUUUCAAGAUACAGAUUCAGAUGCCUUUAAAAUUAGAAUGUCGAUUUCACCAGGUUUGUUAAGUACUUCGGCCUGGGUUGUAAGUUGCAAAUGCCAAGUCGUAGUAUGCUGUAGUUGCGCACGCCAUGUAUAGGCACCGGCUAGAAGAGUAUUAGUACUUGGACGCGACCUCCGAUUUCAUAUUUAUGUGGGGUUGUCUAGCUACCCCCUUUGGAAUUUAAAGAAGGGCUUUAAGAUCAAGAAUUACGCUCACCGAUCCCGUUCUCU